UGGGGAUCUUAUCAUCUAUUCACGAGCAGGUCGUCACCUAUAAAACACCCACGCUUUUAUUAUCUGUGAUCAAUUGUCAACGCAACACCAUGUCGUUAAUACGCGGUCUCUUAGUCUUUCAAUUGUUUAUUUGGAAUCAUUUCUUCGCGCUUGCCAAUAAAUCUUCUAAUCCGGACGCUCAGCUUACGACACCGGAAUUGAUAAGGAAAUACGGCUACCCGGUGGAGGUUCACAACGUUCUCACGGAGGACGGUUACAUUUUGGAAAUUCAUCGAAUCCCGUAUGGACGAGAUAAGGAUAAGACGAAUUCAAAGAGACAGUCGAUAUUAGUGCAACACGGAUUAGCGGGUAGUUCUGCAGAUUGGGUUCUUAUGGGAACGGAAAAAGCGUUAGGGUACAUAUUAGCCGAUGCAGGAUACGACGUAUGGCUCGGAAAUAACAGAGGAAACAUUUACUCGAAAAAUCAUACUUCGCUUUCGGCUGCAGAUCGGCAAUUUUGGGAUUUUAGUUAUCACGAGCUGGGCAUUUACGAUCUUCCCGCGACGAUCGAUUACAUUCUCGAUCAAACUAAACACGAGAAACUGUUUUACGUUGGCCACUCGCAGGGAACGACGCAAUUUUGGGUAACGAUGUCGCAACGGCCCGAUUACAAUGAGAAAAUCGGCUUGAUGAUCGGCCUUGCACCUGUAGCGUUUACCGGCAACAUACGCGGGCCGAUUACGAAACUGGCUAAAUUCACGUACACGUUUGUGAGGAUCGGAGAAAUGUUUGGAUACCCCGAACUACGUCCACGUUCCGCUUGGGGAAUGUUCAUAUCGAAUAUAUUCUGCACAAAUACGACGACCACGCAGUUCUUCUGCAAUCAUUUGCUGUUUCUGACGACUGGCUUUACCCAUUCAGAAUUGAGUGCGGAAAAUUUGACGGUGAUUAUCGGCCACGUCCCUGCGGGAGCUUCUUGGAAACAAUCGGUUCACUUCGGUCAGGGAUAUAUAAAUAAAGAUCACUUCAGGCAGUUUGAUUACGAUAACAAGGAAAAGAAUAAUCGCUUGUACAAUUCUUCUAUACCACCAGAAUAUGAAUUAAAUAAAAUAACUGCACCAGUUGCACUUUUUAGUAGCGUAGAUGACUUCCUUGCAGUACCUAAGGAUGUUGAACGGCUUAAAAAGAAACUUGCCAAUGUCGUGUACCAUGAUGAAAUAUCAAUGAAAACUUUUACUCAUUACGAUUUUGUAUGGGGAAAGUCUUCUGUUACUCUUAUAUUUGAACCCAUAUUGAAAUUGUUGGCAUUUUAUAAAUAAGAUGAAAUUUUGCACAAUACUUUACACAUUAUUAAUUAAUGUAAUUUGGAUGUAAUUCUACAUGUAUGUUUAGAGGUCUAUGUAUCGAUUAACAAUAAAGCUAUUUAAUAAGUAGCACAUUGAAAUGUUAACUUAGAAUUAGCAGAAAUGAAACUGUUUUCUAUUUGAAAAUUAAGAGAAUAUGAAAUUAAAUUGUAAAGCUACUUUAUUUGUAUAUUUAAACAAGUUCACAUUCUCAGUAUCAUCGAAUUAUUAAAUCGUCGACGUAUAUAUUUAUACAGUAUAUUAUCAGGUUAUCGAUAAUUAGACAUAAAACAUAAGUUAAGAUUUAUAAAAAUACUAUUAACAGCAUUGUAUGUAAUAACGUUUUCAAUACAAUUUAAUAUGUCUUUGUAUUACAGGAAAUGAAAGGGAAACCUUGAUUUAUUUGCUAGUCAGUUGUCACGUCAGUUCAACAACAGAGUUCGAUUUAUUUCUAUUUGUUCUCGUUAUAUUUCAUUAUAAAUAAAACGCACUACACAAAUUUCUAUUUUCGUUUCAAUUAUAAUUAUACGAUUAAUCGUCGAUUACUAAUCGAUACCUUUCGAAUAUUAUUAUCUGAAAGUAAUAGUCGCAUUACUAUAGAACUUGUUCUUUAGCAGACAGUUAUUUCGAUAUCAUGGAAAACCGAGUUUCAAGUAACAAGGCGUAAAUUGCUUUAAAAUUUCUCAUAUAUAUAUAUGUAUAUACAAUAUAUAAAUGAUAACAAGCAUCCAUAUUUUUUUUUUUUAUUUUGAGCGCUAACAGUAGAAUAUUUAAAUAACAUAGUUUUCAUUCUAUAGUGUUAUUUUCAUAGUUUUUUACUUGCAGCAGAAGCCAUUUUCAUUAAUAUAUUUUUAAAUAUACUCUCGGAACUGCUGUUUGGAACAUACUUUCUGACACACGAAAAAUAUUUAUUUCAGACAAUUAUGAAGUAAUAAUGACAAUUAAUUAUCGAUAAAAUAUAAAUAAUUACGGUUAAAAAAAGAACUAUGAACAGCAACUUCUCACGUUUAGAUACUGUUUCAACAAAUGAUAGUGCUGUCGUUCAAAUUGUACUAUUUUAUAAAAUAAUUCUAAUUUUGUCACAGAAGUAUAAAACAUUAAAAUUAUACGUACGUAUUUGUUAUAUUUAUAUAAAUUAAAUAAUGGAAUGAAUUAUAAACAUUUUCGAAUCUAUGUACAUGCAUAAAUAUAUAUACAUUUAGUAUACAGGGCGAGGCACAUAAAGUGAAACAGCAAUGUCAUUUUUAUGAAUGAUAACAGUCAUGAAGUCUCAUCUUGUGUGGAAGAAUUUGCGUUAAUAUUAACACUGUUAGAUUUGCAAGAAAUUAAUGGAGUACUAAUCGUGCAAAUUCAAAAAUGUCUCUAUAACACUACAUCAUUGUUAAUAUCAAUUAAUAAUUAAGAAGUUUUUACUGUAUAAACACAUUAUAAUUUUGAAAUAAACUUUAAUUUUCAUUAGAUACAUCAAUGUGUAAUUAAUAAUGCAAGAAUUUCUGCAAUGUUCAGUAUUCUUUACAACUACUAUUUCGAAAAUUGCAUUUCUUUCUAAGUCUCUAUUGAUAUGUUUUACUUCUAUACAAUAUAUACUCAUUUCUGGAAACAAUAUGGACAAUACAUUCUAUUUAUUCAUAAACAAAUGCAUAUAAGAUCGCAAAAUUUUUCAGGUCGUAAUUCUAGUAAAAAGUAACGUGAUGAUUACGAUUACAAGUACAAAGAGUAAUUAAAAAUAUGGUAAUUAUUAUUGUUAUGUAUAAUUAGUGAAAAUGAAGUUAUUAUGUACUUGCAAGAUACCAAUGUAAACUAUUGCAAUAGUUCGUUACAAAGAAAUCGAAAAUAGUAAAACUGGAAUCUGUAGUUGAAAUAUUUUUUUCGUUUUAAUCUAGAUCUUUGUUUUCUUGAUUAUUGCAUUUUUUUAUUAAAAAAAUAUAUCGUAUUUGUUAAGUUAGUUUAGUUAAGUUUCAUUUACACCUUUCUUUAAUUAUCUUAUUCAUUUGAGAAAAUACAAUGAACCAGUUCUGCAAAUUCUAAAACAGUAUUUACAAAUCACAUAAACACUACUGCAGUUACAGCAAUAGGAUUUUCAGUGAUCCGUUAUAGUAAACUGUGUUACAUUUUUACGAAAAAUUACUUCAGAUAAUAUAGAAAAUUAUAUACUAAGGAAAUAUUGUACAGUUGUGAUCAUAAUACGUUUUCGGUACCUAUAAAUGUGUUCAUAGGUGAACUCUCAAACCAGAUGUAACGAAGCGUAACUUUACGAGAGAAUGUUUAAACUUCAAUGAGUGAUUUAAUGACAAACUUCAUAGACUUAAUAUUAUGGAUAGUAUGACGAUAAAAAAAAUAAUGAAGAUUUAUUAUUUGUAGACGAUUACAAAUAAACUUACAACGAUUGGUGAAGAAAGAAAAUACACUAUAAUAUACUUUCUCAGAAAUGAGAACAAUUUAUAAAGCUGAACACAAAAAAAUUUCAUUUAGAUUUAUUUAAUUUAAUUCUAUAGUGCUAGUUUAACUCAUAAGAAUCAAAAUGGCUCACUCUGCAUAAUAUAGUAUACAUAUCUGGCAUGUAAAAGUUUAAGGAAAAUUAUUAAUCUUGUAUAAAAUUUCUUUUAUAUAAUGUGUUUGGCAAUUUUAUUUUCGUGUGUGUCCUUAUUCUAAAUUCUUUUCAAAUUAUCCUAAUUUCAUGUCAAACCUUCAUAACUCUUUAGAUUCUUUAUCAAGAUUUUUAACAUUUUUCUAUAUUUAUAAUAAUCACAGGAACGAACAAUCAUCAGCAGUAAACAA